GCAAGGCAUCGUUUUUUUGUUUAACUAGUUUAAUCGUCACAAAAUAUCCUUAUUUUUACGUUUUAAAUGUAACCACAUUAAUCACAUUUGGGAGUCAUAAAAGGUUGCUGAAAAUGUCUUCCAUACCAUCUACAGCAAAGGCAGAAUCGUUUGACGAUUUCUAUACGGAGGUUAAAGAAAUCGAGAAGAGAGAUUCUGUUCUAACGCCAAAACAACAAAUCGAAAGACUACUCCGUCCUGGAUCUACAUACUUUAAUCUGAACCCAUUUGAAGUUCUUCAAGUUGAAUGUGACGCUACAAUCGAAGAAAUAAAAAAGAAGUACAGACGUCUCUCCAUUCUUGUUCAUCCCGACAAGAAUAUUGAUGAUUCAGAAAGGGCACAACAAGCAUUUGAAAUUGUUAAUAGAUCCUGGAAGAUAUUGGAAAAUGAAGAUACAAGAAAGAAAUGCUUAGACGUAUAUCAGGAAGCUAAAGAAAGAACCGAUCAUAUGAUUGAACAAAAACGGAAGAAAUUCAAAAAGGAUGGUCGAUUAGCAGAAGGUAUACCAGAAGAUGAUCCUGUGAAAUACAAACAUGCAGUUUAUGUCAUGACUAUGAAGCUGUUUGCGGACAUGGAACGUAAACGUCAGCAUUUGGAGACCAGGGACAUGGAAGAGAGGAAACGUAAACGUGAAGCAGAAAUAGAACAAGAGGAACAGAUGUCAUUUGAAAAGGAGUGGGCUAAAAACUUUGAGGAAUCUCGACAAAACCGCGUUGACAGUUGGAAGACCUUCCAAUCUGGUGGUAAGGAAAAGAAGAAAAAGAAGAUCAUGGGCUUCAAACCACCGAAACCAAAGCCGGAGAGCAGAUAACUUGAAUAUUGUUACUAUAAUAAGGUUAACCAGUCGUCCUAGAUGAAAAAUGUAGACGUGUGACAUCUAGACAUAACUUCAUUGAUAUGUCAAAGGUCAAAAUCCCAAAUAUUGUUAACAUAUAUUGUUAAUAAC